AUUAUGCUGAAAUGCGUAUUGCUCACCGAUAAUCAUUUAUAACUACGUAUAUCAGUAUUUCGUUAACAUUCGUUGAUAAUGAUUUAUGAACUGUAAAUUUAAUCCAAUGCCAAUGGAAUAGUUUUGAAAUGAUCAUGAACUAUUUGUCUCAAAAAUUCCUUUACUUCACAAAUUAUUUCUUUGUGAAAGGAACUGAAGAAGACAAACAUAAGAGAAAAGUGAGCAAAUAUGAGAUGUAUUUUGAGGAGGUUUACAAAAUUUUGAGCUGGGAAGACAUUACUCAAACUUUGGUGUCAUUUCUAGUGGUAAAUUUUAUAUUUUGGAUUGUGGUACAGUGGCAGGUGAAGUUUUUGGGUUUUCUGUUCUCUAUUAUUCUGGUAAUUUUCAUUUGUGAUUCAUAUUUCGAAAAUAAAGAUUUGACAGGUUAUGAAGCAAAGUAUGUAGAUGCCUUUGAAGAAAUUUGUAUUAAUCCAUAUGAUAUAAUAAUCAGUUUGAAAACACUCAGAAGAGAAAAUCCAUCAUCGUUUUGCAUUGGAAUGUGCAUAAUUUUUCUCUUCAUAAGUUUUGUGGCACAAAAUAUUUCCGGAUAUGUUCUAAUAUACCUCACAAUAUUAGGAAUUUUUUUCAUACCAUUGGGAUUCAAAUUUAUACCUGAUGAAUAUGUGAAAAGCUUCAGUGAAAUUAUCAAAUCAUUGACUAACACCAGAGGUGUUUUGGCUGAAGAAGAGCUUAUUCCUUUCAUUUCUGAUAAGGAUUUUGACCAGAAGGAUGCAGAUUUGGAUAGUCUGUUGACUGACAGAACUGCUGAUUCAGUCUCAAAUUCUCUGAUUAGUGGUAUGAGUGCAAUGCCAUCAUUCAUGGAUUUUGUAGAAACUCAGCAAGAUAUAAGAGAAGAAGAUCUUUUGCCUAGUCAGCAUUUCCAUAGGAAACCAACUCACACACCUGAUGACUUGUCAAGUGACUCUGACUCAGAACAACCAGACAUUAAUUUUGAGUCAUCACAUUUCAGUGAAGACACUUCUUCUGAGGAAGAAAAACACCUAGGAAAAGGGUUGAAGUUCAGCUCAGAUUUUGUGGACAAUGCUUCCAGAAAAGUAAUUUCUGAUGCUGGUAGCUUGGGUGGGGUGAUCAGCAAUUUUGCAACAUUGGGAGGGGCUUUUGUUGCAAAUGCUCUGAAAUCGGCUGUCACAACUGCCCCUGUGCAACGUAAAAGUAGCAGUAGUGAUAGUGAUUUUGAAAUCAUCGAUUCAGAUGAUGUGAAGUAGUUAUUGGUUUGAAGAUUCUCAACUUGAUAUUAUUUAACCAUGUGAUAUGUUUCAGUUUUCUUUUUUAGAAUAUGACUUUAUUUAUUAAUAUUUUUUAAUUCUAUUGAGUGAAAUAUUAACUAUAACCCUGUGAAAAGAAAUAAAGUGU